UUGGUCAAUAUUUUCACCACAAAGCAGGUGUUCCCACGACUUCAUUUCAAUCAAGAUUGUCUCCUACAUUACCCCCAUUGGUAUAUGUUGAUACAGAGAGUUGGAAAGGCAAUUAUAUCACUCAUGGUAGUUGGCCUAUUUCUCCAGAGAUUGCAACAGGUUGUAAGUUUCCCCCCUACCAACGUGCUGGUUGAAUUAUAAUAUUUUCAUUAAGCGUUAUCUUUUCAGGAAAUUUUGUAAUCUUACCUUUGCACGCUGAACAGUAAACUUAUCCUGGCUCCGAUCUUGCACGUCGGCUCCCCGUUUGACCUAUAUUAUCGGGAUAACUUCGAUAGCAGUGCUGGCUACUCUGAAUAUUUCACACCAUCAAAUUCAAUUCAUUUGUUUCCAUUCAGUUUGCGUUGCCAAUGAUUUUCCCAUUAGCAGUGGAAUCAAGAUCUUUAGUGGUAAAAUAACUAUACCGAUCAAAAAUUAAGAAAGUUUGGGAACUCUUACAAGAUGGCGAUUCCUGUAUGAAACUUUAGUUCCCCCUCAGUUUCCCUCACAGUAUUCUCAAAACUUCUCCACCUUCUGGAGACAGGAAACUGACGUCGUAAUGCAGAUUCUAAUGAAUGUCUGUUUAUCGUUUUCCGAAAUUUCAUUAACUUUAGAUUAAGAAUGUUAUGAAAUGUUUUCUGUGUAUGAAGCCUUGGGAAUUUUUUAAAAAAAACACCUUAUGGUGCCCCAGGGAAUUUCUGCGGAGUUUCACGCAAGUUAUUCCCACAGAUAACGGUGCGUUAAGUUCUUUGAUCAUUCAAGGCUAAGUUUUAUGCUUGGUGUUUCAUAUUGCAUUACCCGGUGGCAUUGUUGGCCAAGCUGGUUGUUAUUCACAUAUCAGUUCAUGAAAUUUAUUCACAUCGCCACCAGAACUUCUUGAAGAAAGGAAAAAUAUAUUUCCCUGCUACACUAGUAUGACUUUAUUUCUAAUUCAGAGUCCAAAACAGAUAGAUUGAUUGAUUGAAUGAAUAUUGCUUAAACGUCCCUCUCGAGAAUCUUUCACUCAUAUGGAGACGUCACCACUGCCGGUGAAGGGCUGCAAAAUUUAGGCCUAUGCUCGUCGAUUGUGGCCUUGGAGCAGGGAGGGAUCUUUAUCGUGCCACACCUACUGUGACACGGGAUGUCGGUUUUGUUGUUGUUGUUGGUCUCAUUCGAAGGACCCCUGCAUCCCAUUUAGUCGCCUCUUACGAAAAGCAAGGGGUACUUAAGACGUAUUCUAACCCGGGGCCCCACGGGAUUCCAAAAUUGAUAAAAAAGAAAUAAUAUUGCAACAAUGAAGAGAGGAGAAAACAAUCAAUAGAAUAUACAAAUUAAUAGCAAUAGCUGACAAAGCAUGUUCAAGCGACACACAUAAUUCUAUUACAAUAUAUACAUAUAUAAGCACUGAAAAGGCCACGACACUGUUGAUUUAUUUAAAACUCAAAUUUUCGACGCACAUAUUACAUAAACAAAUAUCACACGCUACAAAAAAAAAAAAAAAAAAAAAAAAAAAAACCCCGACAAAUAUUAAUAAUCUACAUUGUUAACAAAAAUGAGAACUGAGAAAAAUGGUUGUUUAUUGGGUUGUUUUGUUUUUUCGUGGUGUGUGCAACUUGUUGUUUAUGUAACCAACAGUGUGACUGUCAUGGCCUUUUCAGUGCUUUUAUAAAUUUUCCAAGCAAACAUAAAAUGUCUUUGCUUUCAUUAUCUAAGAUCCAUAUUAGUUUCUCUGACAGUAGGUGUCCAAAGAGAAAAAUUUGAGAUGGUUUCCAUUUAUUGUAACCUCUCAUUGUUAUAUUUUGGGCAAAGAAAUAAGAAAUUGAUGUUUGUCUUCAACCUCCUGCAUAUAACAUUGAAAGCAUACUCUUGGCUCCAUGUUAAAGGAGUUGUGAGAUUGAUUACUGUUCGUUAUCUUCACCUUUCUAUAUGUUGUGACCACUACUCAUUGAUUUCUAUAUAUACAGUACACCAUAUAUUCAUCCUAUUUCAGGUACAGUGUGACUAAAUGAUAAAAAGCUUGAGAUGAUGCGCAUGAGAUAAAAGAAAUAUAUCUUUAUUUCAAAUCAACUAGAACACGGCACACCACUGUAUUUAGUCUCGUUCAACCAGACACUCGGCUGUCACCGCAAAUCUCCGACAAGCAGGAUAUUUACGGAGAAAGCAGAGCGUCUGGUUGCAUGAGACUACUGUAUGUAGAAGAAACCGAACGCGACGGUAGAGUCUCACGCAAGUAUAUUCAGAAGAGUUCUCGAAAAAAUAAUGGUUAUCACAGAUUUGUUUUGAAAAUAUUUUCGCAUAUUUACAUUAACUUUGACUUAGAUUGUGACUUUUGAAGCAUAAUUAGGGUGCAAAUAUGACUACUCCAUCCAAAGAAGGGGACGACCCAUGUUCAAAUGAAAACAGCGAGGAAUCCGAGUCGGACCCAGAUAUGGACGAAGUAUUGCUGGCGGAGUUCGAGGAGAAUGAACCAUCGACUGCACGAAAACAAGCUGAAGAAGUGGGCAAGCCACAUACUGCUUUUGUGGAGGAAGGAGAUUCACAAUCAGAACCCAAAAAGUCUAAAGAUGAUGAAUUGACAGAAAAGCAGGCAGAAGUCUGGGAACCACCAGGUCGUGAAAAGUCAGAACUGUCAACUACCACUACCACAGACUCGUACGAUUCGUCAGACACAAGCCAGACUAACAGCGACCAGUCCAGGCUUAAAGUCAAGUUGUCUGCCCUUGGCAGUGUGGAUGAUGCCACUGUUGGUGCCACUGCAAUGCCGAUGGAUGAAAGCUACGAACCAAGUGUGUAUCAUAUAAAAUGGAACACUUUUAACUCUCGUGAGGUGCCCAUUAUAACCCAGAAUGAAAAUGGACCCUGUCCUCUGUUAGCUGUCAUGAACAUCUUGUUAUUAAAAGGGAAAGUCAUACUAGAGCCAGGUGUGGAGGUCAUUACUCCGGAACAAAUCAUGACAUUCUUAGGAGACAGCAUUCUACAAAAUGCACCCAAGAAUAGCACAGAGGAUGUUCAGCUGAAUUUUGAGCAAAACAUGCAUGAUGCCAUGGCUGUUAUACACAAGUUACAGACUGGAUUAGAUGUUAAUGUUAGAUUUACAGGGAUCCAGGAUUUUGAGUACACCCCUGAGUGUAUCAUCUUUGACUUGCUGGGGAUUCCCCUGUACCAUGGCUGGCUUGUCGACCCCCAGGACAUGAAAACCGUUGAGGCCGUAGGCAACUGUAGCUACAACCAGCUGGUGGAGAAAAUCAUUGGUGAUCGCAGCUCGGAGGAGGAAGAGCUGGUUAACCAAGCUCUGCUGGCAGAAGCAUUCCUGGACAGAACAGCCUCCCAGCUAACUUACCACGGCCUGUAUGAACUCAAUUCCACAGUCAAAGAGAACCAGCUGUGUGUUUUCUUUAGAAACAACCAUUUCAGUACCAUGUACAAGCAAAAGAGUGAACUGUUCCUGCUAGUUACAGACCAGGGAUUUCUGAGUGAGAAGAACGUCGUCUGGGAGACACUCAACAAUGUGGAGGGAGAUGGUUAUUUUGUAGAUGCACAGUUCCACACCUACACCAAACCGACCCCUCUCGCAGAACCACUGGUACCCCCCGCCGGUCCCCCGGGCUCUGAGGAACAAGUAGAUCAAGACUAUUUACUGGCAAUGUCUCUACAACAAGAACAACAAAUGACAGACGAAGAGUUGGCAUGGAAACACAGCCAGCAGCAGGAACAACAAGUUCAAAUGUCAGAUCAUGAACUAGCAGCCAAACUACAAGCUGAGGAGGAUGAGCGGGCAAUGAGAGCAAUCAAUGAGCAACAACAGAGACAGCAACAGGAGCAACCACAGGGUCAAAGGCCAGCUGCUGAAGGUGCUAGAGGUCGGCCAAGGGAACGGGGCGAGCGAGAGCGAGAACCUAGGGAUAAAUCCAAGGAAAGCUGCUGCAUUUUAUGAUGAGGAUCGUCCGAGAAUAUUCUAUCCAGUCUUAACCAGUUCCUCUUGGCUUCCAGUGGAGAGAGAGUUUUCAGACAGAGUUAUCUAACUUGGUUGUGAUCUUCAGUUACUAGUCAUUAAAAAAAGUGUUUGUUUGCAUCACCUCUCAUUGUGGAUGUAAGGCAACUCCAAGCAUACUUAAGGAGAAAAAGAUGGAGAAAAAACCAUUUAGUAAAACCAGUCUGUCGUUUUCCCAAUUUUCCCGUUUUCCUAGGUCUUAGAUUCUCUUAUAUUAAACUCUGUAAAUUUUCUAGGUCUUAGACUCUCUUAUAUUAAACUCAGUAAAUUUUCUAGGUCUUAGACUCUCUUAUAUUAAACUCUGUAAAUUUUCUAGGUCUUAGACUCUCUUAUAUUAAACUCAGUAAAUUUUUUUUAUUGUUAUUGCAGUGUACGGAGGUGUUAGUAAAUCUGAAUCGUCGAACUGAUUAUGUGGAAAAAAUUGUGGAUAAUUUUCCUGGCUCCAGCAAAAUGAAUCUUGUAUAGUGGCCAUGUAGAAAUUGAUUUAUUUAGCACAUAACAUUUUUAUUGAUCCGGGAAUUCCUGUAAUUGAUUUAUUUAGCACAUAACUUUUUUAUUGAUCCGGGAAUUCCUGUAAUUGAUUUAUUUAGCACAUAACGUUUUUAUUGAUCCGGGAAUUCCUGUAAUUGUAUAUAAGUUUAGUUGUAUGCUGACUCGACUAAAGUUUUCCUGAUUGAAGUCUGAUCUUGCCACCAAACAUUGUUAAGAGUAGAGGGAACUCAGAUUUGUUUACAUGAAAGCCCACUCCCUCUUCAAAGGGAAAUAAGAAUAUAAAAUUCAGCAAAAAUAGGAUGUGUCAUGUGGUGAAUUCUUUGAAUCCCGACUGUGAAUUGUGAUGCCAUGAUAAGGAGCCAAAGUUUUAAAUAGGAAUAGAAAACUUAAUCUUUUAAAUCUUUCUCUCAUGCACGAAUAAAGAGACUCUGUUUUAAAGUAAUAUCUAAGUCUAAUCAAACCAAUACUCUCUGGGCCAGGGUAUGGCUGUUAAGUUUAAAAUUUAAGUUCUUAAUUGCUAAAUUAUUUAAAUAUUUAUUUAUUUAUAAAUAUUUAUUUAAAUAAAAAGUAGAAAUUGCUACCUUAAAUUAAAAAUUAAAAAUUUAAAUGAAUAGAAAAUGUCUUAUAAAUGAUCUUCUCAAGGACAAGGUUACAUUGUCACAUUACAUCUGCAUGUAAACUCUGGUCUAAAGGUUUUACAUAGGAAAGGAAAAAAUCUGGAAAAUUUCCUCACAAGAAGUGCAAAAUUAUAAUUUGUGUCAAAUUGAUUUGGAGCAAUAUUUAAGAACUGUGAGAUUUAAAUUUUCCAAAUCAUGGCUACGGGUUUUUGGGGACUGGCAUUAAUAGGAGUGUAAAUUUUUAGAUGUGAAAUGUUUGUGAUUUUAAAUUCAAUCUAAACAUUGUCCCAGGGGCCAUAAUCCGGGGUGCAAGGAAUAGCAGUAGGAUAAGGAUAAAAUGAUCUUUGAGAAAAAUAAAGCCUCACAUUAUUGAAUCACUUUUAUAUACUGUGGGUGUGUGAAAUCAUAUGACUUAUCUCAAUCUGUAGCCUCUAUAAGGGGCCCAACUGUAUCAUAUUCAUUUCUCAGUAAAGACCAAUGUAACUCGGGUGAGCAAUGGUUUAUAAUAUUAUGAGCAUAAUGUACAUAAACUUUGAUUAGAUUUUUUCUCUUGAAGGGAAGUAUCUGAUCUUUCUGAUAAUCUACUGUGUUCAUUGUGUGUCCAUCUCUAUGUUGCUAUGGUAAACUGGUGCGUUAUCAUGUGUCUGUUGCUAUGACUACAGCUCAUGCUCUGAACAGCAUUUGAUGUUAGCCUGAUUCCAUGGAGACAUUCUGUUCCUCUGUGUCCUGUGUUAUUUUUGGAUUGUCUGUAUUGUAUUGUUUAUUACCAUGAACCAUACAGUUCAUAGGUUUAAUAUAUAUGCAUGAAAUAAUUUGUACAAAAACACAUGUCUGUGAAUGAUGCCCUCGUUUCCCAAUGGCAGUGAUGAUAAUGCUGGUGGAGUAUUUGUUCAUUUGCUGGAGAGAUUUUGUCAUUUGUCCAGUUUUGUGUAGUUCAUGUGUUCAGGUUCCCUUUUGAUGCAUUAAGUGUUGCUCUGUAGUCUGUGAUGUGCGUUAUUUCCCAUGAAUACUCCUUUAAGGCUGACAUUAUUGGUGUAGAAGUCUUAAGAAGAACCAUUAAGAGGGUUGUGUCUGCAUUUUGAUAUUUUACACAUGCAAGAUUUGAACUUAGUGUUGCUUGAAUAUUGUUGGCUAGAAACAUUAGUUUCAAAACAAAGUGACAUGUAAAUGAAUGUCAGGAAAUGUACCUUCUGAUAAAUGGUAUGGACAGUGCAAAUUUUCUAAGUCUGUUCUUAGAAGUUGCCAUAAUUGAUAUGUAAACAAGUUCAUUAUAUUGAAGGGCAAUUACUUAAUAUGGGGCUAAUUGUAGAGUAGAAUUGAGAGUACCAAACCCACAGAUGUUUAUACUGAAUGUUGAUGAUCAAAGAAGAGAGUUGAUAUAAAUGUCCAGGUGUUACGCGAUUCACCAAAUUCAAGACUGAAAUUAUUUUUCAUUAGAGGAAAAAUAAGUGUUUGAAUUAUCGAGUUAAAAUAUCAAGAAACAACAGAGGGAGAUUAUUAUAGAAGGGUAUAUUUAAAAUUAUAGUAGGGUAUAUUUAAAAUUGUAGUAGGGUAUGUUUAAAAUUAUAGUAGGGUAUGUUUAAAAUCAUAGUAGGGUAUGUUUAAAAUUAUAGUAGGGUAUAUUUGAAACGAAGAGUGGAAUUCACUGCGGAGUGUUGUAUGUUGUAAAAGUACAUAUAUAACCUACAACAGAACUCUAUUUUUGUCCUUUUUUUUUUUUUUUAUCAGUGCUUGGAAUGAACUUUCAAUUAUUGGUGGAUGUUUGUCUCAAAUCAAUAUAGUGAAAUACAGAAAGGGCCAAAGAUUUGUAUUGAGUCAAUCAAGAAUGAAUUGGGGCGGUUUUUCCAAUGAUCGUGAAUUUUAAUCAUCAUUUAAAAAAAGCCAGAAUUGGGUAAAACUAGUUCAGAGUAUUGGAUAAAAUGAUACAUACCUAAGCAAGGUGGAUACCUUUUGAGAGGACAGACUUUGUAAAUUUAUAUUCCAGUAAGAACAUUAUGUAUUGGUUUAAAUUACCUUUGAUGAUUAACAUUUUGUACCUGUGUAUCCAUUUUAUGUGUGGUUAGGGUAUUCUUAGGAUCAAUAUUUUGACUGUUUUUUGUACUGCGUUGUCUGUUUUUAAUUAGUCGCCUGUAUUCCUGGAUGUGGUAUUUGUAUUGAUGAUGAAGAGUCCUUGUCUUUCUACAAAUUGUUAUUCUUCCCCUCAAGAUAUUCAUGUAUUGAGAAUAUUAGUAAUAUUUUUCUUGCAACAAAUAUUUAUAAAAUAAAAUGAUCAUAAUUCUU